AUGGAGAAAGAGAGAAAAUGCUCUGGACCGUACGGAUCUCUGGAGGAGACGCAGGUGGACGGAGGAGCGAAGCCGGAGCCAGCGGAAGACGUGGUGUCGAUGGCCGACUCCACGAUCACGGUGCAGGACAUCGAAGGAGAGCUGGUGAGAAUCGAGCGGAUACGAGACAUCCUGGUUCGGAGAGAGUCGGAGCUCAGAUACAUGAUGGACGACAUCCAGCUCUGCAAAGAAAUCACGAGGCUGAAGAAUGAGCUGCAAAAACUGGUCUCAGUUCCAGACAAAGACAAGUCCAAGGAGGACAGGGAGCGGGAGGAGGAGCUGCUGCUGCAGAUCAACAAGCUGGUGGAGACCAGAGACUUCCUGGUGGACGAUGUGGAGUUCGAACGACUCAGGGAGAGAGAGGAAGACAGAGAGAUGGCGGCUUUCUUACAGUCCAAGUUUCCCAAGGCUUCGGCUGCAAAGGGAGCCUUGCCGGAUCAAGCGGUGGUUUCCAAAUCUCAGCAGACGUCGACGCCGUUCAUCAGUAAAACUGGCGUCACGCUGCUGAAGGACUGCUGCGGCUUCACCUGCUCCGUCAUGUGA